CUACCGUGCAUCAGACGACGACUGGAGUUAAUAUUAUUGAAAAGCUUACUGUUGUAUAAAAGUUGCUGUUAUCGUUGAAUUUAACCCUUUUGUAGGGUGAUUUGAACUCAAAUGGCCGAUAGAGGUCACGGUGGUCAUCACCAUCACGGACGUUGUGGAGACGAACACGAUCACGACGACGAUCCUGAACGGGGGAUCCAGUACAGUCUGUAUCUCAAGAUCGACCUUAUGAACGUCGAAUGUCUGAAUGAGGAACGUGACGGAUCCGGAAAAGAUGUCUUCAAGUCCUGGGAAAAUAGACUGGACCGAGAAAAGUAUGUUGUAAGUGAUGCUGACGAGGAGCUUCUAUUCAACAUACCAUUUACAGGGAAUGUUAAGUUAAAAGGUGUUAUUGUUAUUGGUGGGGAAGAUGACUCUCAUCCAUCACAGAUGAAACUGUUCAAGAACAGACCAAAGAUGACCUUUGAUGAUGCUGGAGGUGAACCUGAUCAAGUAUUUGAAAUGCAUCCAGACAAUACAGGACAACUGGAAUAUGCUACAAAAAUCACCAAGUUUUCUGGUGUUCAUCAUCUUUCAAUUUAUUUUUCGAAAAACUUUGGUGCUGACACAACAAAAGUUUACUAUAUAGGACUCCGAGGUGACUUCACUGAGGCACAGAGGCAGGAAAUAGUGAUUGUGAACUACGAGUUGGCUCCCAAUCCAGCAGAUCACAAGUCUCAUCUCGAGGACCAUGUUCAGCAACAAAUACAGUGA